CUGUUCUUAUAAAUACACGCCCUUGAACACCAGAACAUACACGACGCAAUAUAAUAUUUCAUCCAUCAUCAACAAAAUUCAUCAUGUCGCUUAUCCCAAAACUGCUGCUCGGUGAUGAACCCUUUGACCCCUUCCUCUCAGUGGUUAACAAGUGUCCAGUCCUCAAUACUCCGACUGACUGGAAGGAGACCCCCGACGCCCAUGUGUUCACGGCCGAUCUCCCAGGGCUGAAGAAGGAGGAGGUGAAAGUUGAAGUCGAGGAAGGUAGAGUGCUGCAAAUAAGCGGGGAGAGGACCGUGGAAAAAGAUGAUAAAAACGAUACGUGGCAUAGAGUUGAACGUUGCCAUGGCAAGUUUCUUAGAAGGUUCAGGCUGCCGGAAAAUGCCAAGAUGGAUGAAGUGAAGGCGUCAAUGGAGAAUGGAGUGCUUGUGGUGACGAUUCCUAAACAUGAAGUGAAGAAACCAGAGAAGAAAGUGAUUGAGAUUGAAGAAAUCAAGGGUUGAGAAAUUACUGAAGGGUUGUGUGUGGUUGAUUGAAAUUAUAAAUGUUUGUGUUGUGUUGUGUUUGCUCUAAGUGUGGUUUCCUGUUUUCUCUGUAAUGUUAUUCUGCCAUAUCCAUGCAAGGUACAAUUAAUAAAGUGUAAUAUAUAUAUAUAUAGAUAUAUAUAUUUAUAUUGAUAGUA